GCCUGAAUACCUCACGUCCGGCCGAGGCCUAAGGGGGCCCUGGGCGAUGGCGGACACGGAGGGAAAGGGCGGACGAGCCGACGGGGGGCAACGGGAGGCCACUGAGGCGUCAGACACGCCCCCCGAAACUCCAGCGGUUGCUGAGGAGCCGCCGGCUGAAGAGCAACAGCGGCGCAAAAUUGACAUUCUGCUGAAGGCAGUUGGGGACACCCCCAUCAUGAAACAGAAGAAGUGGACGGUGGAGAGAUCGCGGACCAUUCAAGCCCUCGGGCAGUUUGUGAAGAAGUUCCUCAAAUUGGAACCUCUGGAACAGUUGUUCAUCUAUGUAAACCAGUCGUUCGCUCCGAGUCCCGAUCAGGAGGUGGGAACGCUGUAUGAGUGCUUCGGAAGUGACGGCAAGUUGGUGCUGCAUUACUGCAAGAACCAAGCCUGGGGUUGAAAGAGAGAAGGAUGAUGGGGGGAGGCAAGAAUCUCUCCUCCCCGCCUCGCUCUCUUGAGUCCAGACUCGUCAGACACCAUGAUGGAACCAGCUCCUCCUCCUUCCUUCCUUCCAUCCUCCUUCGUUUUCCCUUCCCUCCUCCCUAUUCCUCUAUUCUCUGCCCCCUCAUUUUGCCCCUCUCCUCCCCACUAUUCCUUCUCUUCCCUCCUCUCCUUGCCUCAUUGGACAUCACGAGGGUGGGGUAGUGAAGGAGGCUUAUGGCAGGUUCCAUUUGUUACAUCAGUGGGGCUACCUGGAAGGGGGGGGAUGGAGGGUGGGGGAGGAGGGCGAGUGGUACUACGCAGCCAGUGUGGAGGGUUGCCUCGGGAUGCGGGGCGGGGGGCGGUGGGGCAGCUUUCCAAGAGGAUGAUUUUGGAACCAUGAAGGGCGUGGCUAUCAGUUGCCUGAAUGUAAGUUCACCGAGACACAGACACACACAAGAGAUAGAGACACAUAUACAGACAAGAGGUGGGGAAGAUAUAUAUAUCUUUCUUCCCCACCCCCAUCUGUGUCUCUGUCUCUUUCUCCCCUCCCCCUCCCAUGAGGUUGACCAUGAGCUUAUGAAGCUGCCCAUCUGUAACUGUGAACGUUGUAAAUCUCUCUGCAAUAAAGUGAUAUGGGAUCCUGA